AUGCCUGACGACGCAAAACCCAAGGGCUUUUCGGAAGUUUCAGCCAAACUCUCUGCCCUACCUAAGAAGUCUCUCUUUGAGCGUCAGAAAGCCGAAGCCGAAGCCAAGCGUGCCCGAGAGCAAGCCGAGACAGCUGCAGUCUACGAGGAUUUUGUCAAAUCAUUCGAGGACGAUUCUCUGAAUACGGAUCGACCUAAUACAGAGAACAGAUUCAAUAAGUUUGGGGGGAGAGGGGCAGCAUUUGGAGGUGGUCCGGCGAAACGACAUUUCACCAGCUCCGGACCUCGCAAUAGCGGCCCAGGGACUUUGGGCCCUCCUCCACCCUCGCUAUCUCGCAAACGGAAUCAUGAAGGGUUCCAACCGUUUCGCGGGAACAGAGAUUCUACACAGGGUAUUUUAGGAUUCGAAAACGCAGGCCCAGGGUCUUCACCCGCCGCGUCGGCCUUUCGCACCUCGGACGACGAAGAGGACAGGACAGCCGAAGCGAAGGAGGCCGAAAGAGCAGCCGCGAAACCUACGUUGUACCUGGCUUCGCUCCCGCCGGGAACUUCUCCUUCCGUCAUCAAAUCGCUGAUACCAUCGGUCUUGUCGGUAGACAACGUGAAAAUCCUUCGACCCUCUGGCCAGUCUGCGACCGAUCGCAAGUCAAUUUCCGCUAUUGUGACCCUCGCGAAUGAAUCUGCUGCUUCGGACAUAGAUUCUGCAGUCAGUGCACUACAAAAUCGAUACCUAGGAUGGGGCUAUUAUCUGUCUAUCUCGAGGCAUCUCUCUUCCGCCGCAAUCAGUUCUUCGAUCCCGGUCACCGUGGGUCUAUCGUCAACGAGCUCUCUUCCAUUUGGUGCCAAGACCAUUGCAUCUGAAUAUGGCGGCCGUAUGAAUCGAGCGCCGCCUCCGGGUUCUCAUCGGGGAGCGUUUGCACCGCCGACGUCUUAUGGUCCGUCGUAUAGCCGAAGUGGUUCCGUCACGCAGGUGGAGGUAAAACCGCCGUCAGAUCUGAAGCAGCUGAAACUCAUACACAAGACUUUGGAGAAUCUUUUGAACUACGGCCCAGAGUUUGAGGCUCUGCUAAUGAGUCGACCUGAGGUGCAAAGGGACGAAAAGUGGGCUUGGAUGUGGGACCCGAGGAGUGCUGGCGGAGUUUACUAUCGGUGGAAGCUAUGGGACAUUCUCACCAACCGCCACAAUAAGGGCGCUCAUCGAGGUAGGAACCAGAAAGCAUCAUUGAUAUUUGAGGGUGGCCCGAGCUGGGUAUCUCCAGAGAGCGGUAUGAAGUUCGAAUACACCACGCGCAUGGAUGAAUUCGUCUCGGAUGAAGAUUACAACUCUUCUGACGAGGAAAUGUCGGAUGGGGAGGAUGAGCGACGGAACCUUGGGGGAGCCCCGCCAGCGGACGGGGUCGGCAGCAGUAACGAAGGACUCGGCCAUAUGAAUCCUCUACAAAAGGCGAAACUCACUCAUCUACUUGCGCGACUUCCGACCACCCAUGCAAAACUACGCAAAGGAGAUGUUGCGCGUGUUACUGCUUUCGCCAUUGAACAUGCAGGCGCCGGGGCGGACGAGGUAGUCGAGUUGAUUGUGAUGAACAUCAUCACUCCGUUUGCCUACACCGGGGCUAACCCUGAUCGUGAGAUUGAAAAAGGCCUCGCGCGGCAGGAGGCAACAAGGAAUGGCUCCGAAAACCUGCCCGAUGAGGAAGUCCGAUUGUCAUCACAGAACAACAUGGAUACGUCUUCUGCUAAGCUCGUCGGCCUUUACCUUAUCUCUGACAUUCUCUCAUCCUCCGCUACGAGCGGUGUCCGUCAUGCCUGGCGUUAUCGGCAGCUGUUUGAGUCAGCAUUGAAGUCCCAUCAAGUUUUUGAGCACCUUGCGAGACUGGAAAAGGACCUGCAUUGGGGACGGCUGCGAGCCGAAAAAUGGAAGAGAAGCGUAGGCUCACUCUUGCAUCUUUGGGAAGGGUGGUGCGUAUUCCCACAAUCGAGUCAGGAGCACUUCUCCCAGGUCUUCGAGAAGCCGCCACUUACGGCCGAAGAAAUACGGGAAGAGAAGGCGAAGGCAGAGGCAGAACAGACAUCUGGAGCCUUUUCCAAGGGUAAAAGUCGCUGGAAGACUUUGGAAGAGGAUGAAUCGACUGGAAAAUUCGACCCGAGUCGGCCUCCUGUGCAAACAGAGGAGGGCCGGAUGGAUGUGGACUAUGAGCGCCCCAGUCAUGCAGCUGGCGACAGUCUCGAUGGCGAGCCGAUGAGUGAUAUCGACGGUGAGCCUAUGGAAGAUAGUGAUCUAGAAGAAGUACCCGAUGGAGACCCAAUGGAAGAGGAACCAUUAGUGGAAGAGACUGGCCUCAAAGAAGAAACAGUCAAACCACCGUCUGAGUCGCAAUCUCAGCCUGAGCCGCGGGCGCCCGUUCGAAAACCGCGACCCAAGGCUGAAGACAUGUUUGCGGAUUCUGAUUCGGAGUGA